CUAAAGAUUUCGAAACGACAUGUAUUUAUCUGAGUCUUUCUAAAGUCCGAGACUCAAAUCCAAAACCCCUCUGUCAAAGCAAACUCAAAACCUUGCCGAUUCCGAACACCGAGUUGACUCACUUCCAGCUCACUCAUUUUCUGUGUGAUCAAUGGCAAUAAUCUCCGAUUUCGAAGAAGAACAAAAAGAGACGAAGCCUUCGACUUCGACAUCGUCGGCGACGACGACGAAGAAGAAGACGGUGUCGUUUAGUGCAAGCCUCGACCCGUCGAGUCCGCUAGGUUUUGUGGAGAAAGUCUUGGACUUUCUCGGCGAAGAGAGCGAUUUUCUCGAGAGAGAUACGGCGGAGAAGGAGAUCGCGGCGGCGGUGAAGGCCGCGAAGGAGAAGAGGAAGAAGAGGAAGGCUGCGGAGGUGGCUGCUGCGGCGGCGGCGGCGGCGGCGGAGGAGGAGGAAGAUAAGAAGAAGAAGAAGAAGGCGGUUGUGAAGGAGGAGCCUAAGGUGGUUGCGAAGGAGGAUCCUAGUUCUAAGGUGGUGGAGAAGACUGAGGAGAAGAGUAAGAGUGACUCUAAGAGAGUUCCAAAUGUAGGCAAUGGCCUUGAUCUGGAGAACUAUUCCUGGACACAGACCCUUGAAGAGGUCACUUUAAAUGUCCCAGUGCCAACUGGAACUAAAUCAAGGUCUGUUGUAUGCGAGAUAAAAAAGAACCAUCUGAAAGUUGGACUCAAGGGCCAGCCUCCAAUAAUUGAUGGGGAGCUUUUUCGGCCUGUCAAGCCUGAUGAUUGUUACUGGAGCAUAGAGGAUCAGAGUGCCAUCUCUAUUCUUUUAACCAAGCACGACAAAAUGGAGUGGUGGAAAUCUAUUGUGAAAGGUGAUCCUGAAAUCGAUACUCAGAAGGUCGAACCUGAGUCCAGCAAACUAUCAGACCUGGAUCCAGAAACAAGGCAGACUGUUGAAAAGAUGAUGUUUGAUCAGAGGCAGAAGACCAUGGGGCUUCCAAGCAGUGAUGAGUUGCAGAAACAGGAGAUUCUGAAGAAAUUUAUGGCUGAGCAUCCGGAGAUGGACUUUUCGAGGGCAAAGUUAGCCUAAAUGGGACGGAUUCUGUUGAUCCUUUUUGGCAGCUAUAACUCAACCUGGCUUUCUCAUUUUAAUGUUGUUGGAACUUUUUCUCCCCCUUUAAUCCUCUGGUUCCUGAGGGUUAGAAUGGUUGACUCUGUUCAUAUGACCUGUUGGCUAAACUAUGGAUUCAGAUGAUAUUUUACAAGAUGAAAAAUAGUAAAAUUGUAGUGUUUGUGGUGGGUUU